AUGUUUAAGUAUACUUGAAAAUCGCCACCAGUAAUAUUUAUUUUUAAUAACAAAUUAAUAUUAAAAAUGUUUAUGAGAUCACGAGUAGUGAAUUUAUCAAGAUGUUCAGUAGCAAUCUACAAUGAUUUGUUAUUUGGAUUAAACAAUGUAAAAAAUGUAAAUAAAUACAAAAAGCCUGUGAUUUUUUAUAGCCAAGAUAGUCUUUUAGCUAAUAAAUCAAAUAAUGAAGAAGUAUUACCUGUCAAUAAAUAUGUACUCAGGUCUCAUACCUGUGGAGAAUUGACAGUUGAUGAUAUUGGACGAACGGUUCAUUUAUGUGGAUGGAUGGAAUACCAAAGGAUGGGAAAAUUUCUAACAUUGAGAGAUUCUUAUGGUCACAUACAAUUAAUAAUUCCUGAUGAAAGACAAUCUUUAAUCCAAAUAGUUGAGAAGUUAAAUUAUGAAAGUAUACUUUCAAUUACUGGAAAAGUCAUUCGUAGACCUCCAGGUCAAGAAAAUAAAAACAUGACGACUGGUAACAUAGAAAUUCAAGUGGAUAACUUACAUGUUUUAAAUGAAUCAAUAUCACAGCUUCCUUUUAAUAUAAGAGAACACAAUAUCCCGAGAGAGUCACUCCAAAUGCAAUAUCGAUAUUUGACAUUAAGAUUUCCUUCAAUGCAAAGAAACUUGAGAAUAAGAUCUCAAUUUAUUCAUAACAUGAGAGGAUAUUUAAUUGAUCAAUGUGGAUUUGUAGAUGUUGAAACUCCAACUCUUUUUAGACGUACUCCUGGUGGAGCCCAAGAGUUCGUAGUUCCAACUCAAUUUCCAAGAAAGUUUUAUUCUCUAGUCCAAAGUCCUCAGCAAUUUAAACAAUUGUUGAUGGUUGGUGGAAUCGAUCGAUACUUCCAAAUAGCAAGAUGCUAUAGAGAUGAAACUGCUAGACCCGAUCGACAACCUGAAUUUACACAAUUGGAUAUUGAGGUUUCAUUUACAGAUCAAGAAGGAAUUAUUAAUCUUGUUGAAGAUCUUUUAUAUCACUGUUGGCCGAAAGAAUUAGGUCAAUUGGCUAUUCCUUUUAAGCGAUUAACUUACGAAAAAAGCAUGGAAACUUAUGGUUCAGAGCAACCAGACCUUAGAAUUCCUUAUAACAUUUUUAACGUAACUGAUUCUACAUUAAAUAUUCAUAAUGAACAGAAAGAUUUAGCAGUUUACGCUCUGUGGAUUCCGAAUGGGUCUGAAUUUCUAACAAAUUCAACAAAAAACGAAUUAGAUUUCCUCAGAAAACAAAAUUUUGAAGAUGUAAAAUUAAUUCAAAUAAAAGAUUUCAAUGAUUCUUGGCAGACUAAACUUGCUAAGAUUGGUUUAAAUUUAUCAGGUUUAUUACAGAAAUCGAAGUAUACUAAAGAUGAUGUGCUAUUCUUAGCUUUAGGAAGAAAAUGUGACGCAAGACAACUUUUAGGAAAAAUUCGUGUAGGAUUUACUAACAUCAUGGAAUCGAAAAAUAGGCAAAUAAGAUCUCGUGACUAUAAAUUUCUCUGGAUUACGGACUUUCCGUUAUUUGAAAAAGAUAAAGACGAUGCAAUAUGUUCAUCUCAUCAUCCUUUUACAGCACCUCAUCCUGAAGAUAUGAAUCACCUUAAGACCGAUCCUCUUCGAGUCAGGGGAUUGCACUACGACCUUGUUCUGAAUGGAUCGGAAAUAGCUGGCGGGUCAAUUCGAAUUCAUAACGCAAAAUUGCAACAACAGGUGUUGAAUAUGUUGAAUAUUGACAGCUCACAAAUGAAACAUUUGCUGGAGGCUUUAGACAGUGGAGCUCCUCCCCAUGGAGGGAUUGCUCUUGGUUUAGACAGAUUGGUCUCCAUCAUUUGCAAUUCAUCAAGUAUCAGGAAUGUCAUUGCAUUUCCAAAGUCAAUGGAAGGUCGUGAUUUAAUGUCAGGAGCACCUGCAGACAUAUCCGAAGAGGAACGAAAAUUAUAUCACUUAAGUAUACUGGAUAAUGAUGCACAAGACAUUAAAAAGAAUUGACCAUAAACUGAAGUUGUACAAAAUUGUUGAUAUUUUAUUGAAUCGAAUAUUUUGUGAAGUUUCAUCUACAAAACAAAAUAACAUGAUUACAAUAAUAUUUUGAUGACAGUUAUUUCAAGUCUAACAACAGUGUUUGCAUUUUUUCAUUGUUUUAAAAUUAUUUACGUAAAACGAUGAUUAACUAUGAAAAUUGCCAAUUACGUAAACAGAAUGGAAAAUAUAUGUUUGAAAUAUUUCUUGAAAUUAGAUAAUAAAUAUAUAUUUGUAUGUAAGAGUUUAGAACUUUUAGUAUUUGUUUUGACGUUGUUACAAUGAAUAGAUAAAUAUUUAAACGGCAUUGAAGUUAUUGUAAUAAAAAUUAUCAAUGUCGCUAUGAGGGAUCAAUGAUUUGUUUUAAUCAGAUGAAUUCAUUUAGAAUCCUUUUAUCAACUAUAAACGUCGUUAGCUUAUCGCAAUGGAUUGGAAAUCGAUUUAAUCGGCUUAUUAUAAUAUCAAUUAUGACUUUAAAUUAGUCAUCUCUAGAUUCUUUAACAAACGAUCAUUUUACUGUCAUAUUAAUUAUGAGAAUCGGGCAUUUAUAAAUCUUAAUAACUACUUCAUAAAAAAUGUCAUUGUUUAAAGUAUAAAAAAGGGAUCAUUUUGGAUAAUAAAAAAAAAGCGUAACGAAAACACAUACAGUAAUCAAGUGUUCUUAUAUAAGAAACAUUCAUUUCUUUUUCAAGUGCUUCUACUUCCUUCUCUUAUAAUUAGAUUGAUUUAAAAUAUUGGAAGAUUCACACUGCUUCUUAUAGUUUAUUAUUAUCAUACUCUUUUUUUUUAUCUUACUAUUUAACAUAUCUGACAUUUAAAUUAAACUAAAAAACUGUUUUACAUUUAAAAAAUGUUGACUACAACCGUACUUAAUGCAGCAUUUUGAUUCUACUGAAUUAAUUUCUCGUUGUGCGGACGGAGAGGGGCGCGUCUUUGUAUCUAAAAAUCCAGUGCGCAGCUUUAAUUUUCUCUUGCUUUACCUAAUAAUUUACUCAAAAAAAUUCCAACUGUUUAGUGUAUUUAUAAAUAAAAGGAAAAUUAUUACUAUCAAAA